UCACACAGACACAAACGAAACUUACUGCAGUUUCAUUUCUCCGGAAAUACAGCAACAGCUGCGUAGGUAAAUCUCUGCUCCGUUCAAAUCUCAUCAGAAAGAAGCAAGUCAUGGACCCAUUUUCAGCUUUGGCCGCUGUGGCAGGAGGAGUAGUCGCUGUGGUCGCAGCUCCUGUAGCUCUCGGAGCCGCAGGUUUCACCUCUGCAGGGAUCGUUGCAGGCUCAAUCGGAGCUAAAAUGAUGUCGGCUGCUGCGAUCGCUAACGGAGGAGGGGUGGCAGCAGGAAGUGUGGUGGCAGGCCUGCAGUCAGCAGGUGCAGCAGGCCUGUCAGGAGCUGCCUCUGCAGCUGCGGCCACUGUUGGAGGAGCUGUAGCCUCAGUGGCAAGCGCCAUCUUCUGAGGUGAUUACAAGACUCAUCUACAGCGUUUAGCUUUUUGCAAAGGUCAUGGAAAAUGUUUUAGUUUACUUACCAAACAGCUCUUUUCUAACGUUGGACAUUAGGCCAAACGUGUUUGUUACAUGCUGAGCAAUGACUGAUAGCCUUUUGGUUCAAUGUUAAGACAAUUCAGUUGUUCCUUGUGUAGAAGUUGCUUGAUGUUAUAUUUGCAUGCAUGUUAUAGUACUGCUGAAGCUGUGUAAUGUUACUUGACCAGAUUGUUAAUCAAUGUGCUUUAUGUGAAAAGUGAUCCUCAAGGUGGCGCCGGAGGAAAAGCUUCCAAUCUUUGUUUUGGAACUUUCUAUGAUUAAUAAAAAUCCAGUAGGCCUAGUUGUUGACCUAU